UCACCUGCCAGCAGUCGAAGUGAAUCUUCUACAGAGAUCGGACGGGACAGAUGUAGCUCCGGUAUUAAACUUGUAAUACACCCAACCUGUCAAACCCUGUACUCGGAGUAUGUAAAUGAUCUAUAGAAUGUAGGUUUCACAUUCAGUGAAAAGUGACUUUUAGCAGAUUAUUUCAAGUUACUAAGGAUGCCCUAGUAUAGAGGGGUACCUAGAGAAAUCAUGCGGACCAAACCCAGGUCCGAUCAGCCCUCCUCCGCACCAGUAGAUGAUGAUGUAAAAUACAGCCUCGAUGUUCUGGACCGGGUUAUCGGAGAAUUCGACGAUGGCCUCUUGUCCUCUGCUGAAUCGGAGGCAGCCAGUCGGAGGAGGUCCAGACCUGACCUCCGGAGUGUCUCGGACGUGGAGGAAAAGGAGGAAAAAAUUCGACCAGAAAUCCGCGGAAGUCGCAUCGAUUUCCGCGGAAGUCGACUUUCAAUCAAUGAACAAAUCGAUGAUAUUUUCAGUGAACUAACAGAAGAAAUUUACAAUGAUGAUAAACAGUUUAAAAGUGAGAAAAGACGCUUUUUUGAUCCUCUUCCCAGCCCCCCAAACACUAGAACACAUCCGCCACCGGUUGAUAGGAAAAAGAAACCUGGACAGGAGAAAGAAAGGAUGACCAGAAGUCAAACCAUGGAUAAUGAUAAUCCUAGGUCCGGAGCUUCACUUCAUGCUAAAAAAGCCUUCCUGCAGCAGCAUGAGGAGGUUGUCCUCUACAACUCCAAGGAUCGAAGCACGAGCAGAAGCGAACGUGUCAGAGCAGAGGUUCAUAACUCUAGCAGAGACUCUAUCAGUCCUCCGCCUAAACCGGAGAAACAUAGAAUCCAUUUAAAGAAUGGUUCGGAGGAGAGCAGACUUAACUCUCGGAGGAGAAAUGAGGGUGAAUUUAAUUCCCAAGGGAGGGAUUCAAGGGGCAGAGGGAAGUUCCUUGUGAAGGAUGAGGAUAAAAAUCUAAGCGGAAAAGAGGCUGCCAUGAUGCAGGAACUAAAGAUGAAGGUUCAGGAUAAGAAAGGGAAGUUAUCUAAGUUCCCCAGUAAGGCCGGAGAACAGGACGGAAAAAGGAGGAAAGCAAGAUCCAAUUCUUCCGUCCAGGGACCAGUUAUUUCUCCGGUAGCAAGUUUACAGAGCAACCCUUACGAGAUUAUGCACAACAGUGAGGAGGGUCGGAGAAAUCUCCGGCAGGGUCGACAGAGAAGUGAUGCUCAGAGACCAGAGAAAGCUCAGAGAACGGAGUCGAGGAGAGAAGAUAAACCUGAUUUCCGUCGAUCCAAAUCCAUGGGUCCAAUAGAAAUGGGACGAGGUUUUCCGGAGAGAAGAUCAAGAUCCCGAGGUCGGAGAUGGGACGAUAAUGAAUCUCGAACUCGGUCCCAAUCUCGAGGACGAAAUCUUGAUCCUAGGACGCCGGAGAGCAGACGUAGUCCUAGGGAUUCCUCCUCUCGGAGGUCAAGAUCCAGAGGACGAUCUCCUUCCCGACCUUCCGAGGUUGACAGGUCUGGGAAAAGGAGUCGGGAAGGAGGAGAGAGGAUGGGGGAAGGAAGGGGGCGUAGAGAGUUUGGCCCACCCUCCCCUGAAGAGGCUCAGGCCACCUUGGAGAAAAUGCUCCCUAGGUUUCCGAAUGGAAUACCGCCCGUGAGGCAAAGAAGCAUGGUGGACUUGAGGAUGAAUGAUGAUUUUCGGCGGAAUCGCCGAUCUGUGGCUGGCCCCCCUUGGGAUGAUCUUCCGCCUCAAUUCAGGAACCAGGGACAAAUACUGAGGAACCCUGUAGCUCGUCCCGACCUUCCCUUUAUAGAUGAACAGGUUCUUCUCCAACAUCAACUGAAUAUAGAUAUACAGAGAGAUCUUCUACUCCGGAGAGGGUUUCCUCCGUCCCAUCCUCUAGUAGCCGGAGAAAUACCAAUCCAUCCAGAGCUACUGGGGCAUCUACACUUUGAUGUUCCAUCCCGAACCACUCUGCCCCUAGGUCCGGACGAUUUUAGAAGAUUUUUGCCCGAGAUGCAAAGAUCAGGGAUGCAAUCUGCCUUUCCUCUCAGUACUAACGAUCUAAUCGCACUACAGAGGGAUGCGGAGAAGAUUAACAAGGUGAAGAGACAGAAGAGUUAUAAAGAACCGUCCUUCUCCAGUUUACAGCAUGAGGACUUUAAGAAGAGACAGAAGCAGUUUCGAUCCCAGUCAACAGAUGCUCGGGAGAAGAAGUUCCGUCCGUUCAGUAUGUUUCAGAACGGAGCAGGAUGGUUUAAUCCUGGAUACGUGUUCAGGGAGGGAGGAACUGAGUCCCGGAGUAAGAAUGACAAAAAUGAUAAGCAAUGGUAUAUGAAGGAAAAGAAUCUACAGAGCUUGCCUCCAGUAGGAACUAUGAAGGAUAGUGGGUUAGGAGAGGAGCUACAUCUCUCCAGGGAGGAUAAAAACAGAUCAUCCUUUGGAAUGAUCUUGAAGGAUAAGUUCCAGAAGAACCCAAACAUGUAUUUCCCAGACACGAGACCCUCAUCCAAGUCCCCUGCUGAGCACAGUACCAGAAGAGGGAAGGGAGAGGAACUAUCGGAUACAGAUACUCUUGUUCACAACAUGUCCGAGGGUAGUUUUGACAAGGAUUCAAGUCUCUCGGGUGGGAGAAGUAUAGGGAGCAGUAAAAGCAACCGAUCAUCUGGUAAAUCCUCUCUAUCCCACGACAGCAUUAACGGUACCCCGGAGAUGAAGCGUCGGACGGAAAGUAUUACAACUCCUAAAACCCUAAACAACACUGCGGUUCAUCUUCCCUCCAAUCCUUCAAUAAUUCUUAAUAAGAAAACUAUUCGAAAUUAUACUCCCAAGGAGAGCAGUAACUUGCUCAGACAGUUUGAGGACGGUAGACAGGUCUCAAUGGAGAGGAAGGGAAAGAUAAAACCAUCCCAAGAGGGUUCGAAUAUUCAAAGAAAGUCCUCAAUGGAUAAACUUAUUGAAGAUUUUCAUAGAAACCUUCCUCCGGUGAAGGAUACGGAAUCCAUCAGUCCAUUCUCCGACGUGGAUUCCAUGUUCUCCGGAUCCAACCUUGAUCACACUCAUUCCUAUACACAGCACUCGACACAGAAAUCGUUUAAAAGUGGGACUGUGAACAGUCACACGUCUAAUUGGUCGGUCGAAAGUUCAGUCGCAAGUUUCGACUAUCACAUGAUCAGCGACAAAAAGUCUAAAUCCACAAAAUCAAAAGAUAGUGCUACCAGGAGAAGAAUGUCUCAGUCAACCACAAACCUUCCCUCACUAAAUGAAGUUGAAUACAGAUCCAGGGAGGAGUUCUUACCCAAAACAAGAAGAAAAAUUACUUCGACGGAGGAGUUUAGUACGCCUCCGAGAGAGAGACAUCGUAGCUCUCCAGGGAGAGAUGUUGAUGCCUCCGUAUCGGAGGAGACUAAAUCUGAAAACAAAGUCUCUAAAGUCCUAUCAACUAGAGAGAUGAACUCCUCUCCUCCUAAAACAAAGAGUAAAUCAUCUCCAUCCCAGAAAAGAAAAUCUCCUCCGACUCUUGGAGAAAAAUAUCCUCCGGCAAUUGGAGGAAAAUCUCCUCCGGACCAGGGAAGAAAAUCGUCCCCACGAGAGGAGCGAAUUCCUCCGGAGGGAGCAGCUGCCGAUUCUCCAAAAACCUUCGUGCAACGAAUCGAAGUUAAGGGAGAUGAAAAGACAUCCGUCCCGACAGAAAACAAACCGAAACCCGGGAGAAAGUCUGGAAUGGAUUCUGUGAAAGAAGAGCUAAAAGAUCUCCUGGUCCCCGACAAGGACGGAGAUGAUGAUUUGAUCAUGUUAAAGAAACUCAUCUCGGAGGGAAGGAUAUCCGGUUGGAAUGAAAAACCACCAUCCUUCACUCCGCCGACUCCGCCCUCUAAAACCGCCUCCGGAGCUAAAAAGGCAAAAGCUCCUGUUCCGUCCAAAUCCUCUCCUAAAACUCCGGAUAUAGAAAAGACUCCUAGCGGAGACAGACCAAGGAAGAAUCGGGAUGCUCCGCCCCCUCCUCCGGUGGCAGCCAAACUAAAACCUCCGCCAGAAACGGCGGAGAUCAAAUUUUUAAGUGGACGGCGUAUACAAUCUGUUGAGAACCUUCAGGAUGAGGAUGAGAAGGAUUGGAGAGGAGACAGGACGGGGUGGGGAGAGAGAGAGGGAAGAAAGGAAGGAAGGUCGGACCAGGUUCAGCGCUCCACAAGUAUGCACGCAAAAAGAGAUGGUGCAAUAGAAGAAGACUCCGUGGCCAAACUAAUUGCUGACUCUACCGAGAGAAAAUUUAAACUCAACAGUUUAUUCAAAGGAAUUUGGAAGAAAAAACAAUAUUCCUUUGAUCUGGGAUAAGUGUAUAAUGAAUAAAUGAAUGAAUGAAUGAAUGCCCUAAAAUGUGAUAUAGUAUAUGUUGUUAACCCUUUAAUAUCUUCUAUUAACAUAUUGAAAAUA